GGGGACCCCAUGGGUACACUGUCAGACACGGGGUUGUGGGAACGCUCCUUGGCAUUGCCCCCACCCUCCCCGCCUGUCCUCAUGUGGUGGCAGGUCUGGCUGAUGUUACGAUGGAUGGGACCAGGCUGUUGUAAUGGGCGACAGGUUCUGGAUAUGAUGGGUGAUGGUUGCCAUGGUGACAGCUGCAGUAUGACCAGCCAUGGUUGUCAGUACAGCUGUGGGUGACAGAGCCCAGCUCUUGCUGUGGGUGACAGUUGCCAUGGCGACAGGCCCGGCUGUCUCUCUUAGGGUGACGGUUGCCAUGGCGGCAGGCACAGACAGCCGAUGCGGGUGACAGGGGGCUGCUGGUGACAGGUCUGACGGCCUCUUACGGGUGGAAUUGCCGCGGUGAUGGGCCCGGCUGUCUGUUAGGGUGAGGGUUGCCGUGGUGACAGGCACAGGCCGUCGCCGCAGCUGACGGGAGCUGUGCUGACAGGCCCAGGCUGCGGUUGUGCCGUCGGUCGCCAUAGCAACGCCCCUCGAGCCGCCCCCCCUCUAGCCAACAGUUGCCACGGCAACGCUAGCCCCGCCCCAUUCCCUUUCCCUACCGCGCCUGCGCUCUCCCACCCACCUCCCGCCCAUCAAUUGGCCGAAACCGAACGCCAAUCACCUCUUCCCGCGCUCCGAUUCGCUGACGACUCACGCCGCUCAAAGAUCGGAGAGCGCCGAUUGGUGGAACGGCCAGGCGGGCCCGGAAGGUUCUGGAGGCGGCGGGCUCUGGAAGAUUCCGCCGCCGCGGCCCUAUAAAGGCGGAGCCGCGGAGCUCGGCCGAACCGCCGCGAUGGGGAAGGAUUAUUACCGGACGCUGGGCCUGGCCCGGGGAGCUUCGGACGAAGAGAUAAAACGGGCUUACCGACGGCAAGCGCUUCGUUUUCAUCCCGAUAAAAACAAGGAGCCUGGAGCUGAGGAGCGCUUCAAGGAAGUGGCCGAGGCCUACGAUGUGCUGAGCGACCCCAAAAAGAGGGAGAUCUUCGAUAAGUACGGCGAGGAGGGUCAGCCGAAGCGCCCCG